UCGGCUUGUGUUGAAAUCCACUGUCGCCAUAGCGAGUAACAAAGUAUUUUAGACUAGAAAAUGGUAUAUUAGGACGGAAACCCUGCAGGUGAAUAAAAAAACUAUACGUGGGAUAAAGUAUUCCAUUUUGAAGGGAAAUAAUUUGCUUUAUAAAGAACAUUUGAGUCUACAUUUCCGAUUUGCCCUCUUGAGCAGCAGCAUGUCUGCCCAGACUUGGUUGUGAUGAAGAAACAUCAGUGAUUUUCGACAGUAUAUGUUUUAAUAGCAUGUUACAAUUCCCUACGAACAACAGAAGAAAGAAAAUGGAGACUUCCAUUGUUCCUGGAAAUGAUAUUUUGGACAAAAAAUGGCAGAAAAUAACAUACGAAAAGCACAGGAAAAGAUUAGAUCAAAUCAAAGGAACAGUGCGAGACCAGAACAGAUUAAACUUCAACUACGAGGAAGUUCAGCUACAGAUGAAAAUGCGACGAGCAAUAGCGGAGGAGAGACGUCAGGCGCUAAUUGACAGAGAGAAUCGAAAGCUUUUAGAAAGACUUGUGCAGAUCACUACGACACAAAGAUCCUAUUUCCCUGAUACAGGCUUGCAUAACAGUAAGAAAUCCAAGAAGAGUAAGAAACAAAACGAGAAGAAAAAGAAUGAAAGCCCUGCUGAAUCCAAGGUGGUUUCCUUACCUCCAAUCAACACACAAGACAAAGAGGCCAAAUAAUGUUGUAUGAAAUACAGAGAUUAUAAUGAAGAGAAUUUACUAAUAUUAGAGAAAGUGAAAGAAUUACACCUAAGGUUGUUAAACACUGUAGUGGACAUGUAUAUUGUUCCUUGCGUCUUGUUAGUGACACGGCAUUACAGCAGUAACACUCUGAAACACGGCGUAUAGCUGUUGCAGGUAAUGUUGCAUAGAUAGGGCGAUGUAAAUGCAAAGUUGCAUACAAGACGAAAAAAGACGCAAAGAUCAUGAAUGCGGAGAUCAAGACCUUCUUGGGACUUGCACCAUUAUGGUAGAGUGCAAACCAUAUAUCCGUAAAAAAAUCGUAAGAAAUUUCACAAAUUAAUAAUUUUAGUAGACCUACAAAACUUUGCGCUAAUUUGUUCAAAGAAGAUAUAACUAGCUCAAAACUAGUGUGAGCUGCGUCGGUGUUUCUAAUGAAACAGUAAUGAUAAAAGGUAAAUUAUACAUCUUUUCACGGCGUAUAAUUUACCUUCUUAUCAUUGCUAAUUUGUUCAGUUUUGCUAGUUGACUUUUUUAACGGACAUCAUGAAACGUAGUUAUUCUGGCAUAUUUAAUAGGAUGCGGCUGUAAGUUGUUAGAUAUCAUGGCUAUGAGGAUGGCCAAUAUCACCCCAAUAUGUCCGAAGGUUUGGCGAUUUAUGGAUUGUAAUCAGACAAUACCGAACCAAUCGUCAGUGAGGCAGUUUACUCAGUGGAAUUAAAGCUUGUCCCACAAACAAGUGUCUGUUUUAAAGAGUGCUACAAGGAAUACGAGGCAACUUUCUAUUCUUUUAAUUUUCACAGGACAGUAAACUAUUACAUAAAUUGAAACAAUUUAUAAUCAUUUUUCAGUGAUCAGUUUUAAAUUCAGAGAUAUCCUAGCUAAUUUCUUUGUUGAUCUAGUAGAACAUAGCAACGGUAACCAAGGUAAACAAGUAAGCAACACAGAAUACAUCAUUUAAAUAUUAAUAUAGUUGACUUAAAAUUCUGUGUUUGAUCGUACUUUUAUUAAGGAUAGUUUAUAAAUAUAAUAUUAUAACAUAACUAAGAUAUAACACGCACUCUGCCUCGGCUCCGCCUCGUGCAACUCCUCGCUACCAUCGUGCUCUCCCAACUAUUCGCGUACACCAUAAAUAGAUUUACGCACGCUAAGCAUUGAUUAUUGCUUAAUUGAACCUCAAUUAACGGAGUCAGAAAGCAUUGUAAAAGUCUUGUGAUGAUGUAACAUAUGUUGCCCUUAGUCCUUUUAAAUGAGAUAUGUACACUUAUAGGAAAAUAAGAAAGCCAAACAUUAAUAUAUUUGAUGUUGAUUACUGGACAUAAAUAUUCAUCACUAGAUGAAGAUAAGUAGGGUUUUACCUUAAUAUUAUGUAACUUUUUAGGGAAAGUCUAUUCUUUUAAAAGAUGUGAAUUGGAAAGGGAUUCUUUGCAAUAAAACAUAGAUGCCCUCUCCACA